AUUUUAAAAAUAUAUAUUCCGCAUGGAUAAUUAAUUUAUUUUUAAAGCAGACGAUUUAAAAUAAAUAUUUUGGUAAUUUCUUCAAUUUGAUAAUUGUAUAAAUUAGAUUUGUGAAGAAAUAUUUAUUUGGAGAAAUUGUUUAUCAAAUAAAAAUUUAAUCAUGAACGAACUCAUUUGCAAUAAUAAAAAAUGCAGAAAACGCUUAACAUCAUAUGCAUGGGUAACAUCUUGUUCACAUAUAUUUUGCGACGACGAUGGCAUGAGAGAAUUUGGAAAAAAUCCUUCUAUAUGCCCGGCUUGUAAUACCAACUUAUCUGGAAAAUUUGAUGUUAUUCAUUCAGAUUUAUCGCCCUCUGAGCAAUACAAAGGAAUGGUAUUAGCAGGACUUAAACCAGAAAUAAUAUUAGAAAUUGCUAGUCAAGCCAUGUCCUUUUGGUGUUACCAAUCAUCUCAAGAAGUAGCACUACAAGAACAUAUGGUAAAUAAAUCGAAAGAAAAAAUAGCGAAAUUGGAAGAAUACUACGAAGAGCUUUUAAAUAAAAUAACAGCCGAAAUGAGUUCUUUGAAAAUGAACAUUACAAAUAUGAAGAAAGAAAAUGAUAAUUCUAAACAAAGAUACACGGAUAUGACCAGUAAAUAUAACGAGAUUUUUGAGAAGUUUUCAGAAAAAUCUAGGCAAUAUCAAAAAUUGCAAAUGAUGUACGAUCAGCUGAGGAGAAACGCUUUAUCUAAAACCCCGAUGCCAAUGAUAAACAAUAAUAAAGAUAAAAAUAUAGUCGAUUUUCCACUAAUGACCAGAGAUAUUAUAAGGAAUAACUUGAUACGAGAAAAUAGGACACCUUCAUAUCACCCAGAAAUGGAUGAAUUUAACUUUAGACCCGUUAUAAAUAAUAUCAAUCCCCUGCCAAACAGAUUAGUAUCCACCAGCACAAUGAAUUUGUUAAACAUUGAUGCAAACCAAUUGCCAUGACUGAUUUAGAACGGUUAGGAGUGAGUGAGGAAUGAUUUUAAACUUCUCAUUUUUAUUAAAAUUAGAUAUGGUUAUUAUUUUACAUUAUAAUAUUUUGAAUUUUCUAAAUUUCUAUUUAAAAAAAAUUAUGCUAAUUUACCUUAUAUUUAUUUAACGCAUAAUUUAUUAAAUUAGAUAUUAUAUUUUUAUAUAAUUUCCAGUAAUAUUAAGAAAAUUUUGUUUAAGGAGUUAAACGUAAAUGAUUUUGUAAUUUGUAUGUGUAAAUUUAAUUUUUUAAUAUUAUAAAUAAAUAGCCAGCUCCAUUGCAGAUAGGUAUUUCUGUAAAAAUUAAUAAAUUUGAAAAGAAUUCAGUUAGAUUUAUAAAAUCAAUUAGCAAUAAGAAAAAUGAAUUAACA